CCACGGCACACACACUGGCGCGCUGGGAGAAGGGCCCAGGGCAGCAGUGGGUUCCAGGAAACACUAUGCCACCGAGUCUGGGAGGGUUUCCUGGACAGAGGGCCUUGCAGCUGCUGCUUUAAGACCGAAGCCCGGCAGGGCGCGGCUGCCACUGCGUCCCGACCCAGGCGCUCUGCAGGCUUCAGCAUGGAGCUCCGGGGGACCUCCCUGCUCCUCUGCCUCUUCUCCCUCCUGACCCAGGUCCCCGCCGAGCCGCCAACGUCCAAGCCGUCCCUCAAAAUCAAGAAGGCUGCAAAUGUCAAGAAAGAUGUUGUGAGCCCGAAGAUGUUUGAGGAGCUGCGGAGCCGGCUGGACAGCCUGGCGCAGGAGGUGGCCCUCCUCAAGGAGCAGCAGGCCCUGCAGACCGUCUGCCUGAAGGGCACCAAGGCGCACCGGAAGUGCUUCCUGGCCUUCUCGCAGGCCAAGACGUUCCACGAGGCAAGCGAGGACUGCAUCUCGCGCGGCGGCACGCUGGGCACGCCGCAGUCGGGCUCCGAGAACGACGCGCUCCACGACUACCUGCGCCAGAGCCUGGGCCCCGAGGCCGAGAUCUGGCUGGGCCUCAACGACAUGGCGGCCGAGGGCGCCUGGGUGGACAUGACCGGCGCCAGCGCGGCCUACAAGAACUGGGAGACGGAGAUCACGGCGCAGCCGGACGGCGGCAAGGCCGAGAACUGCGCCACGCUGGCGGGCGCGGCCAACGGCAAGUGGUUCGACCAGCGCUGCCGCACCGCGCUGCCCUACGUGUGCCAGUUCGCCAUCGUGUAGCGCCCGCGGGCCAAUAAAAUCCGUGCAGCCUGG